AUGCAGCACCGCAAUACGCGGUCUCGCCGGCUCCAGUCGAAGGAUGCGUCGAAGAAUGUUGCGGUCUCGAAGCAGAGAAAGAACAGUGCAAGAGCCAAGCAGACGGGAAGAAUGAGAUCGCGAUUGAGUACGCGCGAUGACCGCAAUACAGAAGUCUCCGAAGUCGAAUCGGGUAAAGCGACAGAUGCAGGUGGUGGUCAGGCUAGCAGCGCCUCAUCUGAAAGGCAAGACCUUUGUGAUCCAAUAGCUGCUCGUCCCGAGCAUAUGGCCACUACCGCAGUCUCGAGCUAUGUCAACAGGCCUCUCGAAGAACCGACGUGGGAAGUGCUUAAAAUUGUUGCUAGCGUCCGAUCGCAUGGGAAGAUCUUAUACCGAGUGAGAUGGGAAGAUACGUGGGAGCCGAUCGAGAGCUUACGAGGCUGCGGUGAUGAUGCUAUGGCCGAGUUUCAUUCCUCCAGUCCUCACGCUCCUUCGCCCUACGAUGUUUAA